CCAGAAGUCAUAAAAGGGUUCACUUUGAAGACCCCUGUGUUAUAUAUUUAUACAUAUAUUCAUGGUUUCCUUUUAAUGUUAAAUUCGCCGACAAGCGAAUUUAAUAAAUAAAUAAAACAAAUAACCAUAAAGCAAAUGCAUCAAAUUUGUAAACCGUUUCCAGAUUUCAGACCAUUCAAGAUCCAUGUGGUAUAUCAAGCAUGGCUUACAUUUAUGAGGUUUUUUUUGUUUUUUUUUAAGAAUGACUGUUGUAAUUUUUUUUUUAAAAAAAAAAUAACAAUUAAAAAAAUAGCUACAAAAGGGUGGUUGGGCUGGGUCAAAUAGCAUGUUCCUUCUUUUAACUCACAGAUCCAAUUUUUCUCCAGAACAGCAAGGGAGAGGCCAAAGACCCAUUGUUGGGAUUUGUGGACCGGCCAGCUGUAAGGAAGGAAAAUUAUCUGAACAAGAGGAAUGCAUUAACUGCACCGAUGAAUGCCGAGUGCUUGGCCAUUCUGACAGAUGUUGGAUGCCCCAGUUCCCUGCCUCUAACCAAGCAGACAACGCCGACUACCGAACAAAUCUCUUUGUGCCCACGGUGGAAGCUAAUGUCGAGACUGAGACUUACGAAACUGUGAACCCUACGGGGAAAAAGACCUUUUGUACAUUUGGGAAGGACAAGCGAGAGCACACCAUUCUCAUUGCCAAUGUGAAACCUUAUCUCAAAGCCAAACGUGCCCUGAGCCCUCUCCUCCAGGAGGUCCCCUCAGCAUCAAGCAGCCCAACCAAGACCUGCAUCGAGCCUUCGACGAAAGGACCCCUGGAUGGUUGUGAAGUCAAAAUGGGGGCCUUGGCUGAACCCAACAGUCAGUACCUGUCACCUAGCAAACAGUCCAGAGACGCUGCCUACAUGGCGUCUGAUCAGAUGGCCAGGGUCUUUGCCGAGGUGCAUUCCCGGGUCAGCCGAGACUCCGCUGAUAUGGACUCUGUCUUGGAACAGAUAGACCGUUCGAACAGGGAACUAGGGAGAGAGUCCGUAGACGCGGAGGAAGUGGUGCGGGAGAUCGACAAGCUUUUGCAGGACUGUCGGGCAAACGACCCCAUGGCUGUGAGAAAAUGAAGCAAAACAGAAACAAAAAACAAAAAAGACAGUCUGGCAUUGAUUUGCUUCUUCUGCUGAAUUAUAUAUUUAAAAAAAGAAAAAAAAGAAAAAAAUAAAUCUCCCCUGGUUCUAAAAAUUUAUACAGGGAUGAACAAAAGACCAAUGCUGCUUUAAGGCUUUUAGUGAACAUCUGAAGUGCCCUCCAGUUUGUUUGUUUCACUGCUCUUUCUUUUCUUUUUUUUUUCAGAUAACACUGGUUUCAUUUUUUUUUUACCAAACUUCCAUUAGAACAAUAUGGUGUAUGUUUUUUUAAAAAGAAAAAAAGAAAAAAAAGAAAAAGGGAGGAAGGAAGGAAGGAAGGAAGGAAGGAAGGAAGGAAGGAAGAAAGAAAGAAAGAAAGAAAGAAAGAAAGAAAGAAAGAAAGAAAGAAAGAAAGAAAGAAAGAAAGAAAGAUUGGGACCACUUUGACAAUCGAAGAGAAAGGAGUAAGAUAAAUGGAAUCAGAUUUUUUAGGACCGAUAGUUAAUGUUGACUUCACUGUUUACCUGUAGACCCCAUAAAAAUCAGGGUGGGAUAGUUGUGUGAUAAGUUUACAACAGUCAUUCAAGAUUUCUAGGGGAAAUCCCACAUCAGAAAUCCGAUAAACAUACAAACAAAUGUUCUUGUAGUCAGACAGCCAAGUACACAAAGCAUUAACAUUCAUUUCUGAUAAGCAUUUCUGUAUAAAGGCAUCUGCCACAUCCUUAAAAGAGAAAGAAAGAAAUGAAAAGGAUAAAAAAAAAAUAUGGAAACCCCUCCAAAUGCAUUCCAUAACUUCAUUCAGCGAAAUUAUCCUGAUCAGUAGUAACACGGCUCAUAUCAUAUUAAAGUUAAAUGUAAAAUGAUCGAGUCAAUGUUUGUCCUGCACAUGCAUAAAUGAAUUAAUGUGAUAAGGAAAGAAAUGGAAGGAGUGUCUAGCAAGAAUUGAGGUAACUAUGCUUUAUACCUGAGGCACAAUAUGAGAAGGCCGCUUUAAAUGCCGUUACACGGGCAAUAAGAGCGGAGACAAAUUAAUGUGAUUAACACCUGUUGUAAUUCAUUUAUGGACAGCAACUAGCUCGAGUGCCGAGAUUCCAGACCUUCACCCAAAUCAUUUAAAUGUGCAAAUGUAAGAAGAUUCAAUGUGUUUACAUCAAAUGACAUAUUUUUUUCUUGAUUUAUUGCAGAUUCAGUGCAUUUGAGCCAAAUUGUUGAGUGUAUAAGAGCUAUAUUGUGUAUUUUAUUAAAUUAAUAUAUAGUUGUGUUGCAAAAAAAAUAAUAAUAAUAAUAUUUGGGCUUAUAAUGUAAAUGGCAAGUGUUGCCUCCGUAGCUGUCAAACUCUAUGAGUUUUGUUCUCUCCUCUUUUUUUUUUCCCGCCCCUUUUCCAUACAGAGUGUGGGAAGCAGAGCCUCCAGAGCAAAAUCUCCUGUUAAAUGUAUGGUCUCCCAAAUUUUACAGUACAUCAUCUGUUCAAAAUGUGUCUUGAGUGAGUUGAUGGAGCUAACUGAACGGCAGACGAAAUCCAUCCAUCCGUCAUGGUUGUGUGCAAGUCCUUGUAGAAGCUUCUGUCGCAACCCAUGUUUAAUAACAACAACAACAAAAAAAAAAUUACACUUGAACUGACACCUGGAAAGUCCUUGUUCUUUUAUCAGGCGUAUUCAUUCGUUCACAUCGGCGCCCAUCAGCCUACUUGGAUCACAUCCUCAUGUAUGAACUCUCAAAUUACCCUAAUAUUUUGACACGCUUCGCUUAAUGAUCAUAUUUUCACUUAGGCAUAAUAGGCAAAAUGUCUAGGGCCAGUGAAAAUAUAUUAGGCUCAAUCAAAAAAUCUGAAAAGUAGCAGAAAAACCAAACUCCUAUAUCCUGAAAGUAAAUAUAUUUAAGUUACCAUUACUACUUUAUUAUGCUAUUCUCUGUGACUUCUUGAGGCCUAUAGAUCUAGGGAAUAUUUUUAUAUCCCUAAGGAGAUAUUAGUCCAAAAAUAAAUGUGCUUAGGGCCCACAAUGGUCUUAAUGCAUUCGUGGUUCUUUUAGCAUUGUGGGCUACAAAAUGUGUUGGUGUCUCAUAGUACAAGCUUUGAUCUGGUUUCAUGGACAACACAGUGGUGUUCCUCCCGUCACCCUCCAUUAGUACAGUUUUUAGUCGUUGUACUUUUGCUCACUUUCUCUUGCACACACUUUCCUAUAUGUUGUUCUUCAUUGGAUUCUUAUAAAAGCAUAUAAGUAACAUUUUCUUUGAAUGACAUUUGUAUAAGCACAAUAAUAGAAUGCUUAGGCUGUAGAUGGAUGGAUGGAUGGAUGGAUGGAUGGAUGGAUGGAUGGACGGAUGGGUGUGAGGCAGGCAGAAAGAUAAUGUUCUUAUUUUUAUGUUGUAAUCAAAUUGUACAAUACAUAGAAAAAAAGAAAAAAAAUAUUCAUUAUUAAAUACAUGGUAUAAUUUCUUCCAUUUCCUUAAA